UUUUUAUUAGAUAAAUGCUUCUUUUUUUAUUCUGUCAUUAUGAGCUACAAUCUAUAAACAGAUGAUAAACUGAAUGGCAACAUGUGUUCAAUGACAGGGUACUAGUGUGUUGCGUUUUCUCACUUUAGCUGUUUCAGGAAGUGGGCCAGAGUCACCAAAAUGAGGAAACCGAGUGUUGCUAUUAAUACAGCAAAGGGCUUCAGUGCAGCUGGUGAAAGCUAAAGCAGUUUCAGUUGAAGAGGACAGAAGCUUUAGUGAACUUCAGUAACCAAAAGGAAAAAUUGGGGCUGACGAUGCCUUGUGUGGGAUGAUUUUGUGCUCUUUUGAGGCUUUGCGACGAUGGAAGUACCCGACAGAAGUGUACAAUCAGGCCUUGAACACCAAUCACCUUCGCCUCGCGAGCUGCUGGUUCUGCACGCGGCCGAGGCGCAGGAAUGGGCCGCCUACUUGCAGCAGAUCUUGAAGUCCUCCAAAAAGUUCCGCAAGAAGUCCAUUUUGCUGUACGCGGUGGACCUGGACGAUCAGCUCCACGGGCGCGACUUUGAAAGCUUACAGAGCUGCGAGUGCGUCGUGCUGCUCCUCAGCGCCGCCAUCCUGAGCAUGCUGUGUGACCCUGAGGUGCAGGGAGCGCUGCUGGGCCUCCUCCAGCCUCCGCAGAGGGUGGUGGUGCUGCUGUGCGGCGUGCGGGAGGACGACGUGCCGACGGAGUGGCUCCAGGACUGGCCCAACUUCAGGAAGCUCUACCCUGACGACGAGCCCGCGCUCUACAUUUCCACCGUUUUGCAGUCCAUCUCUGAUAGCAGACGACUGGAGGCCAAACAUAAGAGCCGAGCUGUAGCCGCGCCGGAGUUGCACGUAACCGCGGCCUCUUCGCCUGAGAAUCCUGACACCGAUGAAACGGAGGGAGCGGUGUCAGAGGAGACACGAGAAGCUGUCCAGGAGGAUGAAGAACCAGCGGCCACAGAGAACUCCACAAGCGAGGAGCUCAGCGAAGCCACGGGCCUCACCUGCCUCACCUGCCUCACCGUUCAGCCGAGCCGAGUCCUGUGCGGGGAACGGGAGAAACUUUUUAUCAUUUUCACGGAUAAAAUAGACGAUGGGUCAGUACUGGAGGUGGAGUUUUCACUGGAAAAUAUAUCUGCCCAAAGGGUCCCAGGCACAUUAGAGAAUGAAUACACUAUAAGUGUUACUGCACCUGAUAUGCCUGCUGGAGUGAUAUCACUCACCAUGUGCUCUGACCAAUACUCCGUCAGCUUGAGGCCUGUCACUUAUUACACCAAUAUGGGGGAGGUCAGCCGGUAUCUCGAAGCUGCUGCUGAUCCUGUUAAUUUCAUCUGCCAGGCCUUCAACUUGACAGCCAAUGCAACUGAAUCACUGGACAAAAUGCUGACCGACUCUUUGAAAUCCAUGAUGCCUGCAACUGGUCUUCAGCUGUUUGGAAUCAGACAGAUUGAAGAAAACAAUAUGACGUCAUAUCAGCGUAAUGAGGAGCUCCCCACGCUGCUCCACUUUGCUGCUAAGUACGGCCUGAAGAAGCUGACCACCGUUCUCCUGCAGUGUCCCGGGGCUCUGCAGGCUUACAGCGUGAUGAACAAGUCUGGAGCCUACCCAAACACGCUGGCAGAGAAGAGCGGCUUCUCUGACCUCAGACAGUUCAUGGAUGAGUUUGUUGAGACGGCAGCUAUGCUCAAGUCUCACAUUGAAGACUCCAUCGACAAAGAGGAAUGCGUGGAGGUGUAUGAGUCGAUGGUAACUACAUCUCAAGACAUCAUGAUGAAGUACUCGGGCGGCCCGGAGGACGUCUAUGAGUCGAUGCUGGGGAUUGAUCCUGCAUGUGCAGGGGACUUAUAUGAGGUGAUGAGUGCAGUAGACGAGAACCCAGAGGAAGCUAUGCUGAGGAAGUUCUUUCAAGCAAAACCGCAUGCCGGUGUACAACAGGAGCACAACCACCACCUUAAGAGUGAGGAGGAGGAAAAGGGAAGCGCUUAUGACUUUAAAGAAAUUGAAGAAGAGGAGGACAUAUACAACCUCUCCCCAGAGGAUAUCUAUGAUACUGUGGAUGAUAACGACAUCUUCAACCUCGGAGUCCUGAACCGCCCACCGGCCCCCAUCCCCAGACCUGAGUCCAUGACUGACCUUGAAAAGCCUCAGAACUACAUCUCCAGAGUAUUUUCAGAUAAAGCCCAGAGUAAAACGCUGGAAAGGGAAUUCUCUGCAGUUCCCCCCGAGGCGUCUCCCCUCUCUCCUCUUUAUGACCCCUACGCGGGGAUGAAGACACCUGGGCAGAGGCAGCUCAUUUCGCUGCAGGAGAGAGUGAAGGUGGGGGAAAUUACCGUGGAUGAGGCCGUCCAAGAUUUCAAGUCCUGGCAGUUUGACAAUGAGCGGCGAUCCAGCUCCAUUCGCUAUCAGCAGGAAAAUCUGAAGAGGUUACGCGACAGCAUCACCAGACGCCACAAAGAGAGGGAGAAGACAGGAAAGGAGCUCGAUUUUGAGAUAAGUGCUCCGCUGCAGAGGAACUUCAACUGGGGCUCCAAUGUGACGCUAGAGUGUUCCGUCUACGACCCGGCACCCAGAAUAGCCGCUCCUCCUCCCCCGGUGCCUCAGAGUAUCCAGCGAAGCACCUGGAAGACGGGCAGCACGUCCAGCACAUCCAGUACUGAGAGCAACAGGCUCAGCACUCAUAGCACCUUCAGCGGCAGCGGGACAGACCCGGACUUUGAGGACAUAAUGGAAAACGCUCCUCCGCCACGUCCUCCGCGGCUGUCUGAUCCUGCACCCCUCGCUUCUGCACCCAGGAUUCCACCAAGGCUCCCUGACAGGAUACCAGAGAAGAUGCUGCAUGAGCGCUACAUAUCCUGCCCGACUCGAGCGCUUCCUCAAAGACCAAACCAGAGACAAACAAACUCAGCCCCUCCCGUGCCGCGACGCCUGCGCUGAUUGACCCAUGUCUACUUCCGUUAGGUUUAGUUUUAAAGUAAUAAAUAUUUUAAGAGGGAUGCUGAAGUCAGGCAGACAGCGUUUCCUCGGUAAACCACCAUCAGGAUUUAAUAGUAUGAAUAUUGUGUUAAUAACAUGUUUAGUUAAUUCAUUUUUGUGAAUCUGUGUAAUUGAGUUCCCUGUAUUGUUCAAUGUUUUUGUUUGUUAUAUGGGCGGAGUGAGUCUGUGAUUUACUGUGUUGUCAAUAUUUUACCUCUAAUAACCAUGGAACAUUUAACAAUUUUAUUGUGGCAACUGAAAGGUAAACAUGUUCUUAUUUGCCUUAAGUAUGUGUUGGGGAAAAGCAUAAAUAAUUGACUAACCCUAAUUUAAAUGGGGGAUUGAAAACUUAAUUAUGGUAUUUAAACAUAUUUGGUAAUGGAUGUCAUGUUAACUCAGCCAUGAGAUAAAAAUAAUAUCCUUUUUUACAAUUAAACAAAAGAUAUUAUUUUUAUUUAUAUCUUUCUUAACUUGUAGAAUUCAUACAUAAACAAUAUAGUAACCUUUAGGAAGUUUGGUUGUACAUCGGUCAUAUUCUGAAAUUUGUCAUGAAAUAUGCAAAUAUAUAUUUUACUUUUAUACCAA